AUGAGGCCUAAUUCUCCUAUAUUUCCUCCCCAGCAACUAAGUAUAAACUCACCCAUGUCGCAGCUAGAUCAGGAUCUAGAUUCGCCAGGUGCACGUCCAGCAUCCCCAGCCUUGUUACCACCCCUACCUGACAAACCCACCUGUUCUACAUCGUCAAUUCAAGUAUACAUCAUACCCACAGAGCAAAACUUAUUUGUUGAAGGGUUCGACGCUCAGGAGUAUGGGUCCCGACCUCCUACUUUGCUUAGGGGGUGUUUGUAUGUGCGAGUGUUGAAACCAACCAAGAUCAAAAGCAUAACACUUCUGUUUAAAGGAGUACAACGCACGGAAUGGCCGGAGGGUAUCCCGCCCAAGAAGCAGCUAUAUGCUGAGAUCAACGACGUAAUCAGUCAUACGUGGCCGUUCUUUACCGGCACCAACAAUACGAUCAACAACGGCGCCGACUAUUUUGUCGAGUUGAACAACCACAGACGAUACCUCCUGGCCAGUUUUAACGAUUUGAAAAGAUUGAAUACGAAUUCUUCCGACUCUUCAUUGUCAUCUGCCUCAGUAGCAGAUACAACCGCCAGCUCCACUGUGGUGAACUUUUUAUCACGGAACUUGUCGCCUAGUUUUAUAAGAAGAGGCAAGUCACCAUCGGUCAGUUCCAUGGAUAUGCCGGAUUUAUCUUCAGUGAUAUCACCCGGGUCGGUCAACGAUGCGAAUGGACCAACCACUUUUGCUCCUGGUGAUUACAUCUACAACUUCGAACACCCAUUACCACCCCUGAUUCCUGAGACCACCAAUGUCACAUUUGGAAGCACAAACUACAACAUGGAAGUGUCUAUCAUCCGCGCGGGUGCAUUCAAGCUGAACUUAUCAGGAAAACUCCCCAUCAAUAUCGUGAGAACUCCAGCUGAACUGAAUAUGGAAGAGAAUGAGUCGAUUGUGAUUACCCGAGACUGGGAAGACCAAUUACGGUAUGAUAUUGUCAUUGGCUCCAAGUCGAUUGUAUUGGACUCGUACUUGCCCUUGGCUUUCAGGUUUGUUCCCUUAUGGGGGAAAGUGUCUUUGCAUAGAAUCAGAGUUUACUUGAGUGAAAAUCUUGAAUAUUUCUGUUCCAAUAAACGAGUCCAUCGCAUGGAACCACCCAAGAAGUUUCUCCUUUUAGAACAUAAAGCCAAGAAAGGAAGGUCAUUACUUUCAUCUCGACCCGUCAAUGACGACGAUGAUGCAGAAGACGAAGAGGAGGAUAACUUUGAUGAAGAUAUCUUACCUAAAGAGUUGGAAUUCCAAUUGUACGUUCCACACGACUUGAACAAUAGAUAUUCCGCCAAGAUCCACCCAGACACAUCGUAUGAAAACAUUCAAGCACACCACUGGAUCAAGAUCUGUCUCCGUAUUUCCAAACCUGACCCAAACAACCCCGAGAAACGUAAGCAUUAUGAAAUCUCCAUUGAUUCACCCAUGCAUGUCCUUUCACCUCUUGCUGCCCAUACCAACACCUUGCUUCCUGCUUAUGACGACUUUAUCCCUCAAUUGUCUUCCGAACCGUUAUCACCAGGUGUGAUUCCUGUUGAUGGCACUGCUACCCCAGAAAUCGAAUUCCAUCACAUCAGUACCACCACAGAUUUGGACGGGGUGGCCAGGGAUGCCGAUAUGCACUUGCUGGCAAACUUGUACCAUCCUACGCCGGAUGAAGCCACUAUUCGCGCCAUGAAUUCACCCCAAGCGGUACCACACCCGAACAUAUACUCGUCCCCCUUGGUGCGUCCCAUUCACAUCUUGCGUAAACCCAGUGUCAAUCCACCACCAUUUGACGCAGACAUUUCUCCACCA